CGUGAAUCUACGAAACGAACUACGUCACUCUUUUCAGGAAGCCUGACCGACGAUAGAAAGGAGCUGUGGAGACUUGUGAAUGGGUGUCCAUCUACAUCCAACCGUCGGUCCAGUGUUCUGAAAUUUGUCUGUUCUGUUGGGUGUUACUUUUGUCGGUCUCAUUGCCCUCUCAUGUAGUCCACUCAUGUCUCAUGAACCGAUGAGAUUUUGCGUUGUUUCAUGUCAUAUUAUGUCAGUGCAGUCACUUCAGUGGAAGUUAGGUGAAGAGUUUCAUAAACCACACUUCUUAUAUCAUAAAGGCGACUACUAGGGCCACACCCGUUUUUACUAGGGCUACACCCGCUUCUGCUCCGGCCAUACCCGCCCGUGUAAGUUGCCUCGAUCAAAGCCGCCGAAGUGGGUUGAAGCGGCAUGGCAGUCGAAAUAGAUCAAUAGAACAGCAGCACCGGCGGCAGUGGUAGAAGCGGCAGCAACGCGGGAGACAGCGAAGGUCGCAACGGCCCCGCGUCCCUCGAAGCCUCUCGACUACUCUCUCCUCUGCCUCGCGGACGAGCCCUUAGCAGCUGGGAUUGAGGGGAGGCAUUUAGCAGCUGGGAUUGAGGGGAGGCGUUUAGCAGCUGGGUUUGAGGGGAAGGCGUUUAGCAGCUGGGUUUGAGGUGAAGCGUGCUUUGACACGUAAUCAGUUGUUUGUAUGUAGUGGGUGUGGCGCCUAGUAAAAACGGAUGUGGCUCUAGUCGUCCCCUAUCAUAGUUGAGUAUGAGCUGCGGGUUACGUUACGUGGUUCUUUGACGCCAUCAAUGUUGAAGGCUGCAGUCAACAAUAUGUAGUCUUCAACACAGUGUGAUGACACAUAUAUGUCCAUCCACAACCAAAGCACUUGGGUCAUCUGGACCUUCAAAAUAAGGUAAUUUUGAAGUUAUCUUGGACAGGCUAGGCUAUCCUGUCCGAGUUGACAUCAACGUUCCAAGAAGAAGAGAUGACUCCCUAACGAAGGACAACGACAUUUGGAAAUCCGCGUGAACAGCUUUGUUAUAAUGAUCUGUACAGAAGCUACUGGUUGCACGAAAUUGCCGAUCGUAUCUUGAGUCACGCAAUUUUUUCCAUCCGCACUUUCUGAUUUUGGAUGUACGACACGGCUCAACAUGAAUAUGUAUCCUACCUCCGGGGACAUCUUCAUUUCAUUGCGGUGUACGCUCGGACUUUUUUGGACAUUGUGCUGCAUGUCAUUUGCGUGUUUGCUGCACUUAUGCAAAGACGAAAGGAAAUGUUCUCAUUUUUGUGCGAUCACAUGAGGACACAUAAAGAUCAUAAAAUCCUGGCAGCACUCUAAUUAAUUCCACCAUUCGAAAGUGAUGAGGCUAUAUUAGAUCUGAUUCCCGAUCACCAACAAAGGGUCACACUAUGUUUCAUCCAUGGAGUUGUAACUCGCGUAGAUUAUGUUGCAUAAUUAGCGUAGUUGGGUUUUAAGACGUUCAAGGUCAUCGGAAAUAGAUCGUGGGCACUCAUAACAGCAGAGCAAGACUCUUGACGUUGGAAGAAAUUGAACGUCUCUACUGUCAGGUCCCACACUCUGACCUCUCUUCCUCUUGUUAAACCUCCCAAUAGGGACGUAUAUUGGUGCUAGGGCUUUAGGU